CAAUGCAUUGUGGUUUCUACCUUGGCAUUAAGCAUGGCUGCCGUCCUAAGAAACGCGAGGAUAGCUGGACUUCUGGCUGCCUCUAUUCGCACUACUCUUCCGAGAGCGAGUGCAGUUGCGGUAUUGCAACAUAAAGAAACCAUAAAACAGAUUCAUACUCGAAAAUGGUUGACUAACCCUUUAGUAUCAAAGUAUCAGAUGCAGAGCAUUCGUCAUGUUUCGGCACAACGAUCAAUUGAAGACAUAAACAACCGAGUGAUGAAAGUUUUGAAGGCUUAUGAUAAAAUCAAUGCUCAAAAGACCCUUUUUGUUCAGCCAACCAGGGCAUAUAGUGAUAAGCCACCACUGACAAUAGACAUGAUUCAACAAAGAGUUCUGCUUGUUCUCAGGCUGUAUGAUAAAAUUGCUCCUGAAAAGCUUGCAAUGGACUCUCACUUUAUGAAUGACCUAGGACUAGACAGCCUUGAUCAAGUGGAGAUUAUCAUGGCCAUGGAAGAUGAGUUUGGCUUUGAAAUUCCAGAUGCAGAUUCUGAGAGAUUAAUGCGGCCUCGGGACAUUGUCCAAUACAUUGCAGAUAAAGAGGAUGUAUUUGACUGAUAGUCUUUGAAGUUAUUGAGCAAUGUAGAUACCAUCUCCUGUAACACUGGCAUCAUGCUGCUGUGUAAGGAAAAAGAAAGGCCUACAUUUUGAGUUCACAGCAUCUAGAAUAGCCAGCCUCAUUGUGUGUGACAAGAUUGAUGAAUGCUUGGAAAUCUGUGCAAGUGUUAAUAAACGACAACUGUCCUAGAAUAUA